AUGGCCACUACCCGUGUCCUCAAUACCCCUGAGCUCCUCUCCCUCAUUGGCCAUGCCUGCUGCCUGCCCUGGCAGUACUACAACAGAGAUGAGGUCCACGGUGACUCUGACCUGCAUGAGGUCCUUGCCUUGCACACGGUGUCCAGGGACUUCUACCAUCACUUCUCCUGCCCCUUUCCCCGCACUGCACUGAGCAUCUGCACGGCCCAUCAACUCCAUACCCUCUUCUUGGAUGUCAUAGCAUUUGAAGAGCACGGAUGUCAAUGUGCGCUCAGCAGUGGUGAUCCACAGCGUGUCCACAUCAACUUUCUCAAUCUUUAUCUUCUCGAGGUGGACUUGCACAACAAGACCGGCAAUGGCCCUCUGCUCUGGGACAUCGCUCAACGUGCCACCCCAUACAUGACAAACUGGACAGAGCUCAACAUUGUCACCAGCGACAACUUGUCCACAACAAUGCUGAGCCGUGCCAGACACUGGUGGAGACCCUCCCUCUGCCACAUCCAAACCCUGCGGCUCAAGGAUGAGUGCAACUACGGGGUGGGCCAGUUUGGUGUCUCUCACCUGUUUGGGCCAUCACCUUGGGACUCCUUGCCAUGGCUCCUAUAUGUUUUCACCCCCUUCCACAACCUUCGCACACUCCUCAUCGACACUCCGGCUUUCCCAUACCCUGUCCCCCUUGACAUUGACCUUGAUACCUUUGCCAAUGCAGCCAACUUGGGUGCAUUCUUGCAGGCCUACAACUUCACCCCCCAUGACCUCACACUCUACAUACACACAACUUCUUCCCAUUCUUCCACAUCUCCGACACUUCUACCUUCAGUACCUGCACUGGCAACCACUCGGCAUCACUGGGAAGACCCACAGGGUGGCACCAGGUAUGGCUGCAUGUUCCACAUCCUUCAACGGCCUCUGAACCCAGAUGCACCUGUUCAAUCUGGAAUCAACGUUCUGGACCAUUAUGACAGCCAAACCUUCAACACUGACCCCUUCUCUGAUUGGGUUGGUCCAUACACUCCCGACCCCUCCGACCCACUCAGUCCUCAAAUCUAUGAGCAUCCAGUGCACAUCUAUGCCUCCAUUGAGGGGCCUACUGUCCGGUAA